CACGAGUGUUCGCGAAAUCAUCGACAAAAGAAAGCCGAAACUGGCCUAAGCCCUACAAUUUAUCCUUUGAAAAUCGAACCUUGCAAUAACACGUGCUCCAAUGCGAACCAGGGGAUGAGAAUGGCAAAUGAAAUACUUCUACGAGUCAAAUACCUCUUCUUCGCUGUAUCAUAUCUCCUUUGUCAUCUCCAAAUAUCUGUGUCUCAUAUUGAGUUUGUUAUUUAUCGUCAGCGAGUUCUUGGCGACCGAUAACGGUGCAGCCAGCCUGUAGAUGUGGGAUGGCAACGAAUUCGUUACAUUUUAGCUUUUUGAUGACCGAUAUAGUCAUCAAUCAUUUCCAGUAAAGACCGGAUUCCGGGUACAAGCACUGAUCGCUAUUCCUAUGCAACCGAUCUCGAUUUUAUUACAGAUUUACGAUUUUCGAAAAGAUGCGACUAGAUCAAUAUUAUUCUUAAUGGCGCGUAUGAAAAUUGUAAGGCCCUUUUGUUAUAUUAUAUCCCAUAAGUACGAAUAAUUUCCGAUGCAGUUAUUCAAUAUCUAAACGAUUUCUAUAUACCCCGCUAGAACACGAUUUUAGAUUCAAACUAACAUCAAAACAAAUAUAAUAUAAUCAAUAACUCAUGUCAGUGAGUAAAUAUCAUUAAAAAGUUCUCCAACGAGCUUUGACAAACCACCUUUUAUUGCAUACGUUACACCAUCAAGCAAGUGUCAGCAUCUUUGCGUCAGAUACAAAUGUCAGAUUGUGUUCAGAUCCAUGUGUAGCGACGUAAACUUUGGUGGGGGGUUCCCGGUUGUGCAAAGGAAAGGUUCAUUUCCGGAGAAUCACACGUGUUUGCAAACGAUUCGACUAUAUCAAGACUAUAUGCAUUUGUUUUUACCAAGGUUUUUAAGGAGAAAGGACAAUUUUACACAUACACAUAUCAAAUCAUCACGAUGCCUUUAUACUUAUAUCCAAAAUCUCCUUUUAAACAUAACAGUGAAAUACGUGCCGAACUGCAAAAUGAAAUGCUUAGGUUAAUUGGUCAUGUCGAUGAUACGGUCUUCAACGAUGUUCAGGCUAGGUUGGAUUGUUUGUGCUCCUGGCUCUGCAGUACUCCAAAAACCACAACUUUCAGAGUCAAUAAUUUAGUCGCAGAUACUGAGACUGUUGUAAAAGAGAUCACAAAGGAACUCUCUCAGAUCGGACCAACUUUUGAGGUCCGUACAAAUCGAUAUUUUCCUGAGUUAAUCGUUAUUAGCUGCUGUGAUACUACUGUGGAGCUCAAUUUCCAAUAUCUGCCCAAAGAAAUUAUUGUUGAUUCGAUAUGCGGUACAGCAGUUCUGAGAGGUGCCCAUGUAUUUGCUCCUGGUGUUAUGGGGAUUCCGCAAGGCUUACAAGUUGGAGACACGGUGAGUGUCUAUGCAGAUUUGACUGGAGAUUGUAAAAAAGGAUUCAACAAACGCUAUGUGAGUCCCUACAAAGUAUUUCUUGGUAAUGGUGUCUUGAGAAUAACAAGAAAUGCUUUGUUUGGCGCAACUGUAAAAAGUCCCAGCGGGAUCGCGGUAUUCAUGACAGAUGUUGUGUCUCGUUUACCCAGUUUGAGCGACUCCGUGCUCUCUAAGGGUUCAGCAUUACUGCAGAACUUACCAUCUAUAAUUUGCAGUCGUGUUCUCAAUCCAUUGUCGGAUGAAAUUAUUCUUGACAUGUGCGCUGCUCCUGGCAAUAAAACUACUCACAUUUCUGACCUUAUGAAAGGCUCGGGAAUCAUCGUAGCCUUAGAGAAGAUAAAAUCCAAAGUAGAACGAAUGAGAAUUCAAUGCAAUGAGUUCCGUGCUACAAAUAUUCAAAUAUUCUGUUUCGAUUCAACAAAAGCUGUAAGUGAAGUGAAGGAGAAAAUAUUUUCCAACGGGCCUCCUUACAAUGCGGAAUCUUUCGAUCGAAUUCUACUUGAUGUUCCUUGUAGCGCUCUAGGGCAAAGGCCUCAACUCACAAACCCAAUUACAGUUGCACAAAUCAAUUCCUAUGUACCUUUACAAAGGAAAUUAUUCUCUGCGGCCGUUCAACUGCUCAAGUUUGGUGGAGUCUUGGUGUACAGUACUUGUACAAUAACAGUAGGUGAGAACGAGGGUAUUGUUUCUUGGGCAUUGAGAACAUAUCCGUACUUGCGACUAGAAUCAGUACGAAAAAAUUUGUGUUCUCUUGGAUUACCACACAUUGGUGCAUCAGGAAUGGAGAUCUCUGGACUGACCUCUGAAGAAUCAAAAAAUCUGUGUAGAUUUGGAGUGGAAAGUGAUAGUGUAGGAUUUUUUAUAGCGUGUUUUGUUAAAACAAUUGCAGAAACUUGAAUUAAACUACUGCUGACGUUAUGUACUGAUAUACUUCUUAGUGCACUAAGUAAAUAAAUUUUCAAUAUUUUUGACUA